UAUAGAUGCUAUUGCUUGUUCUCCGAAGAGAAGGUAAAACUUGUAUUUAUUGUUACAUUGCAGACUAACCAUAUUUUGUGUAAUUUUUGUUUUCAGUGUUGAAAAUAUUGAAUCUCCUGUUGUAAAACUGGAACAACCAGUUGAAAAGUUCGAUUUAAUGCCUUCCAGCUCUACCGAGAAACCAACUUCAUCUAAAAUUAGAAGGGGAAGAAAGAGGGCUUAUGUGGGAGAAAUACAUACCAGUGAUUUUUCUACACCUGAGAAAAGGAAAAGGAAUAUGAAUAUUAUAAGGAAGAGAGUACAGAGCCAAAAUAAAAAGAUUCGCAUAUUACAGCAGUCUGUUCGAAGGAUGAAGCAUAAAAUAACCUCCAUGAAAACAUUGCUAGACUAUUUGAGAGAAAAAUCGCUUAUAUCAGAAUCUGCCGAAGUAACUAUAUCUGCAUCUGUCAAUCCUGGAGCUGCAAGUGAUUUAUUCCAAAGAAUGUUGAAAGGAAAGCGUAGCCAAAAAUAUAAUCCAACAUUGAGAGCCUUUGCAUUAACUUUGGCCUUCUAUUCACCAAAAGGGUACAAUUUUGUUAGAAAAACCUUCACCAACAUCCAGGAUUCACAAAUGAAGCAUUAA